AUGUUGGAUAUAAGUUGCAAGGAACAAUAUUGGAAGAAGUCGACAUCGAUAAAUUAUGUGUUGGUCAUAAUUUUUAUCCUUUGUAGAGUUCAUGUGUGUACAUGGAAUGUCAAGGUAACACAACCACCAGAUGAAGACUUCAGAUCACUUUUGCACCUUGACAAUGAAGAACAACUUCCUGAUAUUGUUGCUGUGGGUUUGCAGGAGGUUGAUGCUAAACCACAGUCAUUAUUAAUUGAAUACAUAAAGGAAAAUUCCUGGGUAAAGAUCCUUCAAGCCUACCUUGGGGCAUAUGGCUUGGUUAAGCUCAAAUCAAUCCGCAUGCUUGGAAUGGUACACCUUGUAGCUGUUCACACCAAGCAUCUUCCAUAUGUGCGUGAAAUUAGACCUGGUUACUGCAAAACAGCACUUCUUGGCCUCCUGGGAACCAAAGGAGCAGUGUCAUUAAGAUUUACUCUUUAUGGACAAAGCUUCUGCUUCAUCAACAGUCAUUUCUCUGCUCACGCUGACUAUGAAGAACAAAGGAAUCUGGUAGUACAUCCAGAAUAUGGGAGCAUUAGUCAACAUUUGCUAUUUGCAAAUUGUACACCUCAAAAAGCAAUGGAACACAGCUAUGUAUUCUGGCUAGGGGAUCUCAACUACAGAAUUAAUGAAACCAUUGACAACAUCAAAGGGCUUUGUGCAAAAAAUGAUUACCCUGCACUAUGGAAGCAUGACCAGCUCUUACAAGGUCAGAAAGACGGCAAAUGUUUUGAAAAGUUCCAAGAAGGAGAGCUUACCUUUCCACCUACUUACAAGUACAACCCUGGAACAGAUCAGUGGGACACAGAAAGUGGAAAGUACCGCAAACCCGCCUGGACUGACCGAGUAUUGUGGCUCGAAUCUGAGGAGAGGAAAAACACUGUUACACUGGAGAGUUACGUUUCUUAUCAGUCCUAUCAAACAAGUGAUCACAGACCUGUUGGAGCCUCGCUGGCCUUGAAUCUUAAUGACUCGAUCUCUUCAAUGGAGGAUCCUAUCUCGUGGAAGUUGGAUCUCAUGAGUCUUCCCUGGUAUGGCAAUGAGGAUGGUUUGUGUGUAUACGUGGUGAAGAACUACAAGACGUACAGCUGGGAUUGGAUUGGUCUCUACAGGGUUGGUUUUCAACAUGUCUUUGAUUACGAAAUGUAUGAGUGGGCCGUGGGGGACGGGGACGAGUACGGCGAGAACGGCUGCGCGGUGUUGUUCGACUGUCUGCCAGAGGAGGCUGGCCAUUACGUCAUGUGUUACUAUAGCUACAAGUUGGACUGCAUUAUUUCCGUCAGUGAACCAUUUGAGAUUCUUCCACCCCGAGAUGAAGACAAGGAUCCAGUUGAGGUUCAAGUCGAGCAGCCCACUGAGGAUGUGUAAGCAACAAGGAUGACAACAGCUUUUGCCAGACACUGCACCGCUUCACAAACCGCACGAAUGAGGAGAUACUUUAUGUAAAUAUUUUAGCACGGUACCUGAGCAUAUUUUUCCUAGCCGCCAUUUUGAAUGAUGGGCGCUUUGCGUAACCUUGUCAGUGACGUGUCCUUGUUAAUCGUAUGGUGCGUUUAAUGAGAAAAGAGAAUCCAGAACUAGCUUCAUGUAAGACUAUGGAAUCCUAUAUUAAGCUAGCACUGGCCUGAGACCCUUAAUUGUCUUUCCAUAUAUACUGUAAAAUAAAUCUUCGCUCACCGGACAACCUCUAUCAAGUUAACGUGGACACCUAAAAAAAGGCUUUUGUAAAACGCUAUUGUUACGUGAAACCUGUGGUGAGCGACAGCUGA